CGUAUCUUCUCUCACCGUAGGUUCACCCGUAGAGCCCAUUGGCGAAGAGGUGUCACGUGACUACGUCGAGCCAAUGUUCUUCUACGAAGGUGUCAGGACCUUGUCAGAAAGUGAAAUAAACAUUGGGAAACGGCGAGAUGCAAAAAGCGACCUAUUGCGACGGCUCGGCAAUUUACAGUGGCUUCCCCUAUCAAAGCGCAAACGGUUUAGGUUAUGAUGCCAGUCAGCAGCAAUAUCUCCAGGCCCUUCAUGUGGAAAGUGAGUACCAUCGACCGGCCUGCUCCCUGCAGUCCCCUGGUGGCUCUGCGGCUCUGCACAAACCCAGUGAAAUCUCCGAGGGCUGCCAACGGAGUAACGGGACACAAACCCCAGUACCAGACAUCCCCGACAACAACCAGCCCCCUACUGCCCCUUCCGGACCAUCUUCCCCCAGUUCCAUAAACCAAAUUCCGAGCAGUGAUACCACCGCCAAGAACCCAGGGCACGCAUCCCCAACGUCAGGCACAAGAAAACACAUUUUUCCGUGGAUGAAGGAAUCCCGUCAGAACACAAAGCAGAAAUCCUGUAGCACAAUUUCAGUAGAGAGCUGCGCUGGAGACAAGAGUCCCCCCGGUUCGGCCGCCUCCAAGCGCGCUCGUACUGCAUACACGUCUGCUCAACUAGUAGAGCUGGAGAAAGAAUUCCACUUCAACCGUUACCUCUGCCGCCCGCGACGAGUGGAAAUGGCAAAUCUGCUCAACUUGACGGAAAGGCAGAUUAAAAUAUGGUUUCAGAAUCGCAGGAUGAAAUACAAAAAGGACCAGAAGGGGCUAGGAAUGAUGCCCUCUCCUGGAGCACAGUCUCCUCAUAGUCCCGUUGCCCUGUCAUCUGGUGGCGGAGGAGGGGGUGGGAGUGCAUAUUUAAAUUCAAUGCAUUCUCUGGUUAACAGCGUGCCCUACGACUCACCCUCUCCAGCAUCGUACAACAAACCCCAGCCUAAUGCGUACAGCCUUCCUACGUCAUAUCCACCUCCUCUGAAUAACUGCCCGCCUCAUCAGAAGCGGUAUCCGGGGACUGGCACAGCCACACCGGAAUACGACACGCAUCAUCUUCAAGGCAACAACAAUUACGGGACGCAAGUGCAGGGUAGCCCGGUUUAUGUAAGUGGUGGUGGAGGCUAUUCGGAUUCUUUGGUGGGGAUGGGGGCCUCGGUAUUUGGCCUGACGCAUCUAUCGCAUCCACCUCAAGGCAAUAUAGACUACAACGGCGCUAUCACCAUGGGAAACAGCCAUCAGCAAGGAACGUGCGAACCAAACCCAUGCACAUUCACAGACCUUACACCGCACUAUUCUCAGGGAAGAAUUCAAGAAGCGCCCAAACUGACGCAUCUAUAGUGCCGAUACAAUGUAUGUCUGUCCCAGUCCACGGAACACAUUUGCGCUCCCUGUCUAACUGCGUUUUCCGCCACCUACAGCUGCGUAUAUUUGGUUCAUAUUGGUUUCCUGACGUAGCCUCAGGUGAAACGACCUUGUUGUAGGUUUUACUUAAUACAUAGAAAAGGAAAUUAAAGUUCCUCAAAGCUCAAAUGUCAUGGCAUCAUGGGAAUAUGUAGGCCUGUAUUGUUUUGAUGAAAUCUGAAACAGGGUAUGAGAACACAUAUUAGUAGAAGUUUUUUUAUGUGAAUUUUAAGUCUUCAAAAUUCUCCUCAGUCCACGAUUUCUUUUCUGUUUUGCAUUUUGCACUUGAGGAAGGAUGCAUAUGAACACGAUUUUUUUAUUCAACAGUCUUAUACAGCGUGAGCUCGUGUCUUUUAGGUCUUUCAAAUGUAUUUAUUUGUUUCCAUGGACAGUAGAUUGUGUUAUUUAGCCCAAAUCCUCCAGAUAAUGGAUAAAAGGAACCCAGAUCCUGCGAUUCUCCCAGUCAUGUCAGUGCUGAAACAAGUGCUAACAGGCAAGACUGUUUAUCAAAGGUCAAUGUGUUCGAAUAUUAAUCGAUGUGUGCGAAUGUUAAUCAUGUGUUGCUUAAACAGUCGAAAGAGACAACGAUCAGAAGCUUUUUAUUAGUUUGAACAUUUGUUGAUGUCAUACAUUCCAUGCUGCUCCACUUCUGAAGAAAUAAAAGACACUAAUUGACUUAAGUAUUUGCCUUCAUAGUAGAGGUGUUACACAACAAAAAGCAUCAGAAAAUUAGCAAUAUAAUAAUAAGCGUUGGAUAAUAUGCUUAGUGCACGUCGCUCUUUGGUUCAAAUUCAGCAAAAUUAAAAGAAACUUACAUAUUAAAACGACUGAAAGACAUUUGGAAAAGGGAGAGACAACCUAAUACUGAUGGAUGUACUGAGUAUGAGUGGUAGCCUACACCGUCAUUUCCUGCAGUCUUGCAGUUUGUGAAAAGUGCAAGAAAUCCCAUCCAUUGUCGUGACAGUCUCCUACAUGCUUCCAGCAGUGCCUGUGGGAGAAAAAAGGCUUUAAAACUCUGAAAUGCUCAAGCCCAGCCCUCGUUUAGACCAACAGCAGUGCAAUGUAUAGAAUACAGAUGCAACAUAAGCAAUAGAGAGAAAGAAAACACACAUCACACAAAAAACACAUCAACGCAAAAUUCUCUGA